CGUACAAUGUUGUGUACCCAGUAUAGUUUGAAUUGAAUUGGCCAUUGUGUAUGUUCUAGUUGUUGAUUGGUGUGUGGAUUUUGGCUUUUUACGUUGUAUAAAAAACAUAAUUCUGUGCUAUAGAUGUACAUCUGAAAGCAUUAUUACGGAACAACAAUAAGCCAAAGUGUAAACCAUGCCAAACAAAAGCAUCGAAGAUCAGAUCCAAGAGUUCCAUGAUGAUAUGUUGGCCAAAAUUUCUUUAGAAAUUACUGAUGGUAAAGUUCGGGAAUUAAAGAAACGUCUUAGAGCCGCAGAAUAUGGUGGCUUCGGGGCGAGGGAAAUUGAACAAAUGGAAGAUGCUGUGGAUAUAUUUACUGAACAACAGAAACGAAAAAUUUUUUCUGUUGGUAACUAUGGUAAACUUAAAGACAUAUUGGAAAAAGUAAAGCUCAUGGAUCUCGUAGAUGAAGUCAGAAAAUGCGAAGAUAAAUUGAAAAAUAUAGGCCAUGCAGUUAUGUUUAGAGCAGAAUCUGUGGAUGGGGAUGAUUCACAUGUUAACGCACCCUCUUCGUCUGCAAUACCCAUUUCACCUGAGCCCUCAACUGGUAUCUUCUUCCAUCCAACCUCACCUGGCAUUUCUGCUUUCAAACAGCCAGAAUUUUGUUAUCCCCGUGGUAAGGGAUAUGUCCUUUAUGUCUCCAACUUUUUUCAUGUGCCUGACAAAAAUGGAUGCUCUCGACCUGGUGUAAGAGUGGACAAAAGCAAUCUUUCCCAAUUCUUUUGGGAGAAGGGGUUUGAGCUGGAAUUCUGCCCUGACAUACAGACACCUGAAAAAUUGUUGAAACUCAUUGAUGAAGUGAAAUUUAAGACCGAACACGCAUACAGCAGUUUCUUUUUUAUCAUCUCAAGCCAUGGCAAAGGGAUAACGUUAAAAGACAAGAAUGGGCAGGAUGUGUUAGACAAGAAAACCCAAAAGCCGGUUGUCAUUUCGGAAGGCAUUCAGUUGGUAGCAAACGACUCUUAUGUUCGAGUUGAUGAAAUAGUGUCCAAGUUUGAAAAUUUUAUGAUUGGUAAGCCCAAGGUACUAAUAUUCCAGGCCUGUAGGAGUUUAACAGAGAGUGCAGAUGACAGCAGCAGCGUGGUCAGUUUUUAUGAUGCACAAAAUCCUGGUUCUCUCACAAUCCCAGGGAAUGCAGACAUGGUGGUUAUACAUGACACUAGUAGAGGUGCCAAAGGCUGGCGUAACGAAGAUCAGGGUGCCUGGCUGUUCCAUUACAUGUGUGUGGAGCUGAAGACUACAUUUGACACGGAGCAUCUACUGGAUGUCCUGACUAGAGUGAACUACUAUAUAUCGAAGCGUAAUGCGCACAAUCAACAAGGCCACGUGGUCGGUAAACAGAUGCCUUGUUUUACCUCAACUUUAACUAAGUUUUUUUACUUGAAGUAAUAACAACUGUUGCUGUUUCUUGUUUCACCAUAGUGGAGAGUGGAGUUAGUUGGAACAAAAUUUACAAAAAUGCCCAUAUAAUUAUAUAACUGUAUAUCCAAGAAAUGAUAACUACAUCAGUAGAAGCACAUACAUAUCUGUCAUAGAUACAUCCAAACAAAAUUUAGAUUUGUUGAUGAUUACUUGUAUAAUUGUCAUAGGAACACACCCCCUCAAGUGUUCCAUCUUACCCCACAUAUGGGGUUAGUUGAAACAUGGCAUGAUGUUGGUUGAAACAUAGUGUUGGGUUAGUAAAGCCUUUACAUUGCAAACUUUUAAAACUAACUCGAUUACACAUUUAUAUUGAACAUAACAAUGCUGCAUUAGUAAAAUACUUUACAGUACAGUACUUAUUUAGGAUUAACACAAAUGUGGGGUUUCUUUGGAAAUGUGCGACUCUGAACUAUAGUACAAAUCAAAUUUCAAAUUAUACAGUGUAUAUAUUAUUGUAUCAAUUUAAAAUGUUUUCUACAGAUGUUGGUGGGUCUAUCCAUGGUUUGCAUUUCACUUGUAAUUUUGAGGCUUUCUGAUAUAAUGUAAUAAUAAUAAUCUUUAUCUGAAUUUACACUUUUAAAACAGUGGUACAAGGAAAUGGUGCAUUCACAAACAUUGAACAUUUACAAAUACAAUAUAUGAAACAAAACAGAAAAGUGACAAACAUAACCAAAGACAUAAAAUACUAAAACAUUGUAUAAAAAAAUGACUUCAAAUUAGAAUGUUCGAAAUAUUAAAGAAAUAAAAUUGAAUGUAAAAGGAUUUAAUUCAAUUCAAACUUGAGUUUAAAAACUGGCAGUUUAAAUUGAUAACAUAAAGCAAAUAUCGUACAAAAAAAAAUGGAAUAAGCAUCAUGAUUUUCAAUUUGUUUUUUCUUUGUAAAAAUUGUAGGCCUACAAACUAUCAAUUACUUUACAGAUGAACAAUAGCUAUUAUUUCAAUUCAAAUUCAAAAUAACAUUUAGUAUAUUCAUGUUUCAGCAGGGGAAAAUAUAGAAAAUAAAAUCACUGCCAUUUAUACCAUAAAGUAUUAUUGUAUUGGGGUUAGUUGGAACAUGUUCUUAUACCAUAAAGAAAUAUAUUGGGUUAGACGCAUUAACACAUGUGGUGCCUUUAAGCAUACUUCACUAAACAGAGCAUUCAAUAAUACAGUAUAUAGUUAGCCUUAUUUUGUAGCUUUUUACUGUAGCCUAAAAUGCUCAUAAAAUAUUCAAUCUAAUCUAUGAACAUUCAGAUAAUUGCACAAUUUUUCAAUUACAAAAAAAUUUACUUGAAAGUAACAAAGCACAUAUAUAGCUGUCAAAAUUAAUUUUGUGUAGCAUCUGUCCUGUAGUGUCCCAAAAUGUUAAUGUUUCAACAAACCCCGCAUUCCAACUAAACCCAUUCUCCCCUACCUUUCAUCUUAAUAUUUGCAAAAUGGCAGUUAAAAUUGGAAUUAUGUUAUGGUUUAAUGAGAGUGUUGAUGAUGGAAAUUCUCCUGUACAUUUUUAAAAAUUAUAAUUCUCAAUGUAUUAUAUAUUUUUGCUUAGAAUUUCUAUUUUCUCAAUUCUAAAUGUAAAAGAUCUAUUUCAUCCAUUUUAUUUAUGAUUAACUGUGUUUACUUACUGCUAUGCAAUUUUGAUAAAGUUUAAUGUCUUUAUUAACAUUCAGUGAAAAGCAAAUUAUCAAUCUGAAAUUAAUUGUAUGUUGCAACAACUUCUAUCUUAUAACAAAGAUACUAGAAAUACAAGAUAGAGCACUUGCAUAGCAAAGAUGAGGCGGAAAUUGGGCCAGAUGUAGGCAGCACUCUUCCCUUUUUAUAAUGCAGGUUUUCUAUACUUGGGCCCGGUGUACAGGGCGCCCUUCUGUUUCUAAGUAUAUCCAGACGCACACGGGCCCUUCUUUUUCCAUUAAUGGAAGAAAACUUUAUCACUAAUCAGAGUCCGGUCAUAUGAUUCUGCUCUUUUGUGUCUGUCAUUUUAUUAUUUGAUUUAUUUAUGCCUACUUGUAUGUAUAUUACGCAAAAGGAGAUUAUGUAUCCACAUACUUAUAAGGACAAAAUUUGGGUAUGAUGAUGUAGUUUGUGGAGAGAAAAUUUCAAAACUGCUGAGGUUGAUAUGGUUAUUAUUAUUAUUAUUGGUUUUUAUUAUUAUUGUUGUUAUUAUUAUUAUUAUUGGUUUUUAUUGUUAUUAUUAUUAUGGGUUUUUAUUAUUGUUGUUUUUAUAUUAUUUCAAUGUGAGUUUGCCUAGGAGAAUGUCAUAGGAGUGAUGUUUUACCCUACCUGACGUGUUAUUGUAAUGUAUACUCAGUAAAUUCCCAAAUGCUUGGCUGCGCUUAGUAACUAGUGUUAAAUUCCAUUUCCAACAGUACUGCAAAUGCUAUUUCGGUACAAAUAUUUUCGUGGGCACUUACUAUUGAAAUAAUAAUUGAAUCUGUUUUUGAUAAAUUACUUUGCAAUGUUGAUUUAAUCAUGUCAUUGAAACAUUUAUGUUAUGUGAAAAAAUCAGAAGAAAACAAAAGAAAGAGUAGUUGUUUAAAUUGUGAUGCUUAAAAAGCGGAAUUUGUGCAUUUUAAAAUUUUAAAAUAAAUUUGUUUCUUAAUUAAUGAUCCACUGUAAAACAGUAAUUGGAGUAGGUUUGUAUUCUAAUUUUUUGGUGAAUUGUUGGGAAAUUAGUAUAAAUAUUGAAAAUUUACAUUAGUUAGUCAAAGUAUAGAGGGUGCUUUCUUAGUUUUACAUUCCAUUUUGUAUUGCAGCUGAUAUUCUGAUUGAUGUGGUUACUAUUUAUUGAAAUUGUUGCUUUUUAGAUGUAUAUAUGGUAGUACAUGUUAGCCAGCAUGUUUAAACAAUGGAGAGUUUGAUAACAAAGAUUAGUCAAUGACACAUAACCUAAAAAAUAUGAUGGCGCCACAGGCACAGGCUAUUUGGACCUAAUAGUUCAUGAUGCCAAAAUCAUGAAAUGAUUUGCACAUGUCCCUCCUGUUCAUUUUAAUGUUCUCUAUUCUGAAAUAUGUAUACAUAUGAGCAUAUUAUUUUUCCUGCAAUUAUACUGCAAUGCUAAAUUAAAUAAAUUUGCUAUUAAAUGAUGUCAUUAAAAUAUAUUACUAAAGUUGCCAAAAUCACAAGAUAAUAAAAAAUGCUUGUGUUAUAUAUAGUGAAUUAGGACGCUUAAAAUGUAAUGCCUUCGAACGUUUGAAAGUUUCUAUUCUGUGUAAAUGCAUUGUCGUCUAAUAAGCCACCAUGGUGGUUGUUUAAAUGCCUUUUAAAUGAUUUAUAAUAUGGAUUUCCCCAUUUUCAUCUUGUUAAUUGUUGUAUUGUUUAAAUUAAUAUUAAUUAUUAGUAUUUAGAAUUAUUAGGUGAUCUACUGUAUAAGUAUUAUGAAUUUUCACUUGUUUUUACAUUCCAUUCUAUAUCGUAGCUUGGAUAAUCUGCAUAUGACUGAAAUAAUAUUACUGCCCUGUUGAUGAUUGGGUUGGGGAAGGGUGCUGAUAGAGAGAGGUGGUUCUCACAUGUGCUUUGAAGGGAGUACCAUAGAACAAUAAGGCAGGAAGACUCGCUGAGUUACUCCGUAGGUAAUACCCUUUAAAGAAACUUUCCUUUUUUUUUUUUUUUUUUUCAAAAUCUUUAUGUAUAUUCGAAAUGGCUUUUUGAAUGUCGAAUUUUUUGUUGCCCUUUUAAUAAUUCCUAGAUGAGCAGCAAGCCAGAUUGUCCACAACCCUCCAUAAAUUCAGUCAGGCCAAUAAAUGAAAUCAAUCAAUUCAAUGAACUUUGUAAAACUAUAGACCAUUUUCGCAAAAUUUGAAAUGAAAAUUUCUGAUAACCUGGCAACUGCCACUGACUGGGGAUUUCCAGAGGCUACGCAUUUCAUGCUACGUAGUUACUAGUGUGUGUGUGUGGCGCUCUAUUUGACCACUGAUCUUUACUGUAAUAGCUGGACUGCUCAUUGCCUGGUUUUAGUGAGGCCACCGACGCCAUGUAGGAGGGCCUAUGUGACGUAUCAGUUUCUUUUGGCGUUGGUUUAAAUUAUUGUUAAAAAUAACGAUUUUUGCAAUACUUAAUAAUAAAUUUAACAUAGUGAUUAUUUUUCAAAACAUCUAACCACUUGACGUGACUGUAGAUGCAGUUUAAAGACUGCGAAGCGAAAUUAUUAUGUUGUUAGUAAUCAACGUCACUAUAACAAUGCGACUUCGCUCGUGCUUUUGUAAACUGCAUAAACAGUCGCAUCAAGUGGUUAGAUGAUUUGAAAAAAUCCUUACUUAAAUUUAAAUUUAUUAUUGAAAAAGUAUUGCAAGAAUCAUAAUUUUUAACAGUAGUUCAAAGAAAUACUGUACCAAAAGAAACUUGUGUAAACUUGUAGGCCCUCCAACAUGGCGUCCGUGGCCUUACUCUUUUCUGUGCAAGGAUUGGCCGAUGAGCAAUCCAGCUAUUAUAGUAGAGAUCAGUGUAUUUUAAACUAGCUAGUUGCUCAGGUUAAGCUAGGCUGCUAGUUGCUCAGGCUAAACUAGGCUGCUGGAAGUUUCCCAGUGAGUUGCGAAACGUUAGUGGCGCUGUUUCAAAACAAACCCGAUAAAAUGGUCUAUAAUAGUGCAGGCCUGGGCAAACAGCCUUGGUUUAUUAUUAUUCAGUUAAUUACUUGGGUUUUUUGGCAUGGUUCAUGUUGUAAUAAUGGGUUAUAGAUUGUAAUAGUCCUAAUUAGGCCUAUAUGUAUAUAAUUAUACAGAUAAAUGUUUAUCCAAUAACGGUAUGAUUCAUGUUCAGUAUAUGCAGUUAUGAAAUAAUUGUAACAUUUAGUAUUCGUAUGCCCUUUGUAUCUUUUCUGUUAUCCAUAUUAAAUUUGUUUGUAUUCAGCUCAUCUGUUACAUUUCAUUUUAAAAAUGAGCUUCAAAAUUGUAUUAUGCUGUGUAUUAUUUAAGCUGAAGCUUUAAACCUUAAGUCAAACCAAUCCAAAGUUUUACCAGGCUAGUAUUUUAAGUAAGAACAAUUAUGAUAUUUUUAUGAUGUUAACUCUCCAUUUUAUGAUGAUUAUAUUUUGAUCACUAUUGUAUGUCAAUUUGCCUGAAUGAAACCUAAAGAUAAAAAAAAAUUAUUAUUGAGUUAUAUUAAUUGGUUUUAAGGGAUAAUUUCAAUAUUUUCAUCACUUAUGUCACUUCUUUUAGAGUGAAACCUAUUGGUUGCUAACCAUUUUUAUCUGAAAUGUAAAUUGUGGUUGAAAGUAUAAACGAUAUGCAGUACCUGUACAGUAAAUUAUUAGUGAAGAAAGUGUGCAUCAACUAA